AUUAAAAAAAACAACAAUUACUGCUAACCAGCAUAAAAUAGAAAGAAAUUUGAUGGAAUGAAAUGGAAACGAACUGCAGUUAUUGGAAAUACCGUAAAUGCAUUCCAUCGGCGUUGUAAACCAGACUCUGUAGAUGUGGAUGUAUCGGCAUAUAAAUCUGUCUUCGUACAUGAACACAAUAAGCGUCGAAAUUUUAUUGCUCUGGGUUUACUACCUGGAUAUUAUCCAGCUUCGAGGAUGGCAACAAUGGUUUGGGAUGAUGAAUUGCAAUACCUUUCAUCGUUAAAUGUACGUACUUGCAUACUGGAUCACGAUGAUUGUCAUAACACAUACAGAUUUAAGAACUCUGGUCAAAAUCUUGUUGCAGUCUAUAGAGAUCGUUCACCCUUUGUGAAUGUAACAAGUCUAAUAGAACAAUCUCUAAAUCUUUGGUUUGAUGAGUAUCCACUUAUAGACAGUACAUAUAUAGACUCAUUUAAAGUCACCAAAUACUUCGAAGACUAUGGACAUUUUGCCGAAAUGGUUGUUGAUCGAAAUACUCAUGUUGGUUGCUCCAUUAUGCGUUUUACACGGCCGGACUAUCCCAUCGUUUAUAUAUAUCAUAUUGUUUGCAAUUAUGGUUCAAUUUAUGCGCUUGAGACGCCGGUCUACACAAUUGGCUACCCUGCUUCCAGAUGUAAAACCGGAAAAAAUCCGCACUACCCAGGACUGUGUUCGGUCAAAGAGCAAAUUAAUCCAAAUUAUUAGCACAAAUUGUACAAAUGUAUUCCUUUAUUUUCGUUGGUAUUAAUAAAUUUAAAUAGGUAUUUUUAGAAUUAAUACACUACAUGACUGGUUCAUGAACACUCUUUGAAAAUAUUGUGUGUUAUGUAUUUUUGUUAAUAUAUUAAAGAAUCAACUGCACAACAUCUUGAAAUUGUAUCA